GGUGUUACAAUCCCGCUUUGUUCUUCAGUUGAUUGUGGCACCUUGGCAGUCUGAUCAGAUCGAUGGUGAUGGUGGUGUUGAUGGUAUAAGUGGGUGGCCAUAUCAACGCCAGAAAGUGGGGUUCGCGGUGAUGGUGGCGGUUUCCAUUGAAGCAUCAGUUGGCGAGACGCUGGCCUAGGCCACUGGUGGUGUCAUAGAUGCAAACCUUUUCCUUUCAUCUUAAAAAUCAUGAAUUGCACACACGGCGCAUGUACAAAUAUAAGGGACUCAGAUAUCUCUAGCUGCAUGGGGCUCCUGGCUUUGCCGAUUGACCACGCGCCGACGACCAAAGACUGCAUUUCACUUCUCUUCAUUUUUCAUUGUCACUCUAUUUCUCUGAACAUGAUGCUGGAAGAGCUUGUAGCAAACCAAAAACCUACAAAGCGCGUGGACAUCCCCAAGUAUUUACAUGUUUCCCCCUUCUUAAUGCUUCGUUCUUUCUUCCCAUACAUUUUGUCAAAGAUGGACCUCAAUCACCCCAUGGCCAAAAUGCCACUCACGUUCUUAUUCCUCCUAGUCUUAAAUUCAGCUCAGUCAAAGUUUUCAAACCUUCACCAACCUCCCUCGUUCUUUCUCUCUGAGUCUAUCUCUUCCUCUCUCCAUCUGUACCUUCUUUCUCCAAUUCUCAAAAUGGUUUCACAUUUUGGUUAGACAUUUUCCUUUCUUUUUCCUUCCUUCAUAAUAUUAAUAAUGGAAAAAUCCGAUCAGAAACAGAAGCAGCGCCACGAGCAACACAUACCCUUAUCUCAAGAGCAACAAAAACAAGGCUACUCCGAUCAUGUCUGUAGCGAUCGAGCUCAGGCUCAACCUCAGAGCAAAGUACAAGGUCGGGUUAGUAGAGAAGGGGAGGUGAAGUUAGCUGCCACCGCGAUCAGCCUCAACGUACGGUUGAGAUCAUCGUCCAACAUGCCUCACCACAUGCAAGACCGCGCUCUCCGCCGCACCAGAUCACUCAUCGACUCAGCCGCCGCCGCAGCCAAAGCACUCUCCUCCAAACCAAGGCCAAACCCAACUCAUCUGGCCCGAGCUCUCAAGAAGGAGUUUGACUCGUUGUACGGACCGGCGUGGCACUGCGUGGUAGGAAAGAGUUUCGGGUCGUUUGUGACUCACUCGCCGGGGGGCUUCCUGUAUUUUUCCAUCGACGACUCGCUGUCGGUGCUGCUCUUUAAGACGGAGGUUCAGGUGGUCACCGAACAACAGCCGCAGAAACUGGCAAAUUAAUAUGGAGCCUAGCUAGCUUUGGUUCAAAAUUUUGUAUUUUCUGAGAAUGACACGCCUGCCCUACCUGAAACGUGUUACUUGUUGCAUGUUCUCCAGUCUUGACUAGCCAAGGAUGUCAUAUUUGUAUUUGGUUUGCUUGCUUCUUCUACCUUUCCAUUCUAUUUUUGUGUCUCCACUCUAUAGGUUAUACUGGCUUACCGAGAAACAAAGUCAUUUAAAUCA